UUCUACUGUGACGUCAUAUUUCGGGUUUAUGGCGUACCAGGUGAUGAUGCGGGUUCUAGAAUUGCAACUCAGAUUCUUGUACUGUCUUAAUUUUAUACCCUAACAUUUUUUAAUUUCAUAGAAUAAUGACACUGGAAAUUAUCCAGUUUUCUUCAUCAGAAUGAGAAUUUGAAUUUGAUCAGUAUGGAACAUAUGGGUGCUGGUAAGCAGACCACCCCUCACCCUCUGGACCUGCCCAUCCGAGGAAAGAUCCCUGUUGUUUCUGGGGUGUCCAAUGUCUACCACACAACCCGGCUCUGUGAGAGGUUGUUCCAGCCGAAGAGUGACUUUGACCUGACGGACCCCAACGGCUACCUGUUGAGCUCUGGGUACAGCAGCCUCCAUGACCCCAACCUCAGGAAGUACCUCCACCGCAAAGACAUCCACCAACGCCUCCUUAACCUGGGCUUCAUCACCAAGGAUGAGAAAAUUAUCUGUUCAGUCAAAGAGUUGAACCGCUAUAGAGAUCACCUCGCGGAUGUGGAGUUGGACUGGGGUCGGAUAUUCAGGACCGAACAGAAAGAGUCAGUGCGUAAGUUCCUGACCCUCCAGCAGCAGGGUCAGAUCCCUGAACACGUGACUCUAUCUGAUGUCACAGAGUGGUUACUGCACAGGGGAAGGAGCCUCUUCAGGAAGAGACAGCAGUCCAACAGGGCCAGAAGGUUCCCUUCCAAGUAUGGGCUGGAGGAGGACUGUUAUCUUGCUAGACUGCCCAGUAUUGCUAUGGGGGGCAACAUGGUAGAUCUAGACUGCUGCCCUAGCUUCACCUGCAGGUCGGAACUGUUGUGGAACGCUAAGGGUCGUGCAUUGCUGCAGGAGGUCAGCAAGGAGGUGAAGAGAGAGAUGAGGCUGGAGCAACGAUGGGUCACAAACCAGCAGGAAAAAGAGAAAAUGAAACGAGAGAGACAACAGAAGAGACGUCUCAAAGGCCAGAAGAAAGAGAGGCAUUCUCCAACCAAGACAGAUUCACAAGACAACCCAGAGAGCAUGGACAACAUCCUGAUAUCGGUAUCAAAUCCUGACAACAACCCAUUCGACCUGGUUGGCUCCAUUAGAACGAGCCCCUCUGAUCAUCAAUCCUUACCUUCUCCAGUGGAACAGAAAUGUGAUGUAACGACAAAACUCUCGGCUCUGUGUCAAAACUUGGUCGAAGCAGUGAAUCAGAAGUCCAUCAUCUCUGCCCACAACCUCUGUGCUGAGGGCCCAGGGAUGGUUGACUCUCUCUCCUCCACCUUGGUGACCUGUAGCAGUCUGAUUGGACAAGCUGGCUCCCUUCAGUCCAUCACCCAGCAACUGUCUGAAAUAGAACAGAGGCUACUGAAGGAGCAUUUUAAAGGAACUAUCACCACUGAGGACCUACACACCAUCAUACACAGUGUGGUGGUGACCGUAGUGGAGGAGGUCAACGGGAUCCUCAUCCCAGCCAUCAUGGCCUUCGAGUAUGAGCGCCUAACAGGCUCCGUCAGCUCCAGUGACAUACCCAGCAGUGACGUACCCACCUACAGCAGCCCCUCCUCCUCUGACUACUACCAGACAUCCUCCUUCAGCACUAGCCUGCAGUCCUCCUCCCCUCAGAUAGGGCUGUCCAGCAAUACACCUACACCUCCCAUCAUGCCGUUCCAAACUACUACCGGUGUCAUCAGACAUGGGACAUUGACCGUGAGCUUUCCUGAAGAGGCUGAUCGAGAGUCUGAGAGAGAAACUGAGGGAGAGGCAUCUCUCUCAGUGGACCUGGCUGCCUCCAGUAGCACAAGCCCUUCUGAAAACCAAUCCUCGCCUUUAGAGACAAGUCCUCUCUGCUUGGGGUCUUCAGGAACCAGUCUGGGGGCUUUAGGAACCAACCUGCUGGUGAAGGUCGAGGCCGUUAUUCAGGAGGUGAUAAGGGGAGCCGUAGAUAAACUAGAGGACGAGAGGAACAACAGGCACGGAAGAAGGGUGAGAAACAUGAGUCCUAAGGAAAAGGCUGAGAGGGUCUCCAAGAGUACUGAGGCUGCAUCAAGAGAUAGUAGUGGUGGGAGGAGAGUCAGGGGAGUGGAGAACAAUGGUAAGAAGGUGGAGACUGUUGCAGAUAGAGUGGCAAAGACAGAAGUGUCGACUAUUGCAGACACAACAGCCAAGACUGAACUUCUGACUAUUGAAGAUACAAUGGCUAAACUGGAGAUAAAGAAAGUAGAGAUUAUUGCUGAUAUGAUACCCAAGACUGCAAGUAAGGAGGUGGCCACUGUUGUGGAACUGAUGGAAAAGUAUACUCUUGCAGAUGUGAUGGCAAGGACUGAAAUUACAGAGGUGCCAAUUAUUGCAGGUACAACAGCCAAGAAUGAAGUUCAGGAAGUGGAGACUAUUGCAGAUGUAACGGUCAAGACCAAAAUUAAGGAAAUAGUUGAGAUUAACAAGAGGGACACCCAAGAGACAAAGGUAAAGGCUAGUUUUGAGACAGAGGUCAAGCUGACUAAAAGGUUGGACAUUGACAUUAAAACAGAAGAAGCCAAUGCUGAGAUGAACGCAGGUGAACAAGACAAUACCAUAUCGGAGAAUAACAGCAGGUGCUAUGAGCUUAUUCUAACAGCUGGAGAGUCCAAGAUAGAAGUCAGAGAUGAGAAAAUAGAAUGCAAGGUAGAACUCAGGGAUGAGAAUAUUGAUGCAAGGAAUGAAACUAUGGAUGCAAAGUAUUCUGUUGAGAAUGCACAGGCUGAGAAAAGUGAACACAGCCACAGAAGCCCUGAGCUAUUUAAGUCAUCAUCAGACAAUGAUGAAGGUGGUCCUUCGAUGUUCCCCAUGACCAGCCUGUUGAAGAGCGCUGCCCUGUCCUCGGACCAGGUUGAUGAGAUCCUAGACAAGGUGAUCGAUGUCCUGACUGGGGAGGGCCACAAGGUCAUCUUCUCAGAGUACAGGCCAAGUAUGACCUCAAGCCCAGACUCCACGGUGUGUAUUGCCUCAAGCCCAGAAUCUAGACCAGGUCUUACCUCUACUCCAGUGGACAGAGCAAGCAGUUCCUCCAUCCCUGAGGCCAGACCAAGCAGUUCUUCUGCCACCCCAGGGUCCAGCCCCAGCAGUGAGUCCCUGUGCUGCAUGUCUGGCGCCCACGAUCAGGAGAUCCAUGUCCAAUGCCCAUCUGACCCACCUGGUAAGCUCCUAGGAGGCCAGGCCAGCACCCUGAAGUCUCAAAACUCACUGCUGCUCAAUGAAAAGGAUCUGUCAGACAGGGAGCUAAUCCCCUAUGCCAACAGCAUUAUCAACAUUAUCAUGCAGAAGAUGCACCAUGACGAUGACCUUUACGAGUCCGUGGGUGGCCAGAAACCACUGUCCCCAAGAAGGCGAUCAUGCCCAGCUCUUCUGUCACAAUACUCUCCUCAGGACAACUCCGAGAUCCCUGUGCUUUACAUCCCCAAGAGGGCUGAUCGGAAAUCACUGAAGUCAGUUGAUCCGAAGGCCCUGAGAGUAGUCAGGUGGGUGCUGCAGACCAUCCAUAGACGCCAUGGGUGGCUGGGUCAGACUAACGGCCACAGCAGACAGGCCAAAGAAAGCUUGCUGCUCUGUGAUGUCAUCCAGGUCCUGCUUGAGAAGCUCGACCACAAGAUGGUCACUACUGGAGAUCUACAGGUGGCACCUACCCAAACACAUGCGCUACAUACUGACGACCGCUUCAAGACGAAGUUGCAGGAGGCUACAGUUGAACCCAUCAGCGAUAUCAUCGGAUAUCUGUCCAUCAAUCUGUUGAGGUCCGAGUCUUGCUUCGUGCCCAAGAAGAGAUGGUCAUCGUCAAGCACCCUGGCUAAGAGCAUCUCGAUGACCAACUUGGGGAGCCGAGCUGUGGCUUCGGCUGUGGCCAUGGACAUCAGCUCCAAUGUGGUUGAGAAGCUUAAAGAGGCCUCAGGUAGCAGCAAGACCACUUGCUCGAUGUCUAGCCUUCGGGACUUUGUCAGAGCCAUGACCGUCAGCCAUCCAGAGCUCAGCCAGCAGGCCACCUCGUGUGGGUCAAACAUUCACAACGUCUACAGGGAGGUUCUGGAGAUGGUUGUGACCAAGCUGAGGAGUUUUGUCACCAAAGGGGGAUCAUUUCACAAGCCCACAGAGCACUUAGCGCAGAAGAUGGCGGAGAGCUGCCUGGAGGUAGAAUGUGCUUUCAUGGAGAUUCUGCAGACACUUAAGAGUCAUGGAACAGGCGAUGAGGCAUGCAGCACCUGGGCAGUUGACUGCAUGUCCACGACUAUCUCUGACACCAUGUUUAAACGUGUGACUGAGGGGGGCCAUCCUCCUCAUCACACUCAUGUCUCUGGGGCAACGGUCACAAACUGUGGUCCAAUCAGAAUCAGUGAUGUUAACCAGCAGCGGCCUAUCAAGAUCAAGGCUAGAAUGUCCAGGUCCUCCGUGAACCUGCUACAAAACACUGUGGAAAAGUUUGUGUAUAAGCUGACGGGUGAGCGGGUGUCCAUCCCAGAACUAGGAGAAGGAAUGUCUACUUCUACAAGUCCCCAGCAAGGAAAGGAUCCUGAGAACCUACAUAGGCCACAGGGGGUCCAGAGGAGAUUCACUACUGAGUCUCCCUCCGAGCUCUCGCCACGGAGCCAACUGAAACGGGAGGAGCUCAUUAGUACGCUGUGUACAUUGAUGACCAAAUCCAUCAUUAGCUCCUUGUCUUUGGAUAGUGAUUUUCAGGUUCCAGUUGACGCAGUCUCGGAUACAAAGGAAAGCAGAGCUUCUGCUGUGAAGUUGGGUACGAAUACCAGAACACUGGUGCCAAUGCCACCUCCUCGCCCCACCCUCACUAAAAGCCAGAGGGAUAAUAAGCCUGGCCAAGAGGACAGCAGGAGGAGAAUCCGACCUCUACGUACUCUUCAGGCUGCCAAGAGGGUGGUCAGCUCCAUGGACUUGGAUAUUUCCAGGACCACUAGUAGAAGCAGUGGGAUGGUGGCUCGGCUGGCUUGUCCAGUCAAGAGCAACAACAGUCUCGUCAGCGAGCCUCCAAGCCCCUCUGCAGCCACCUCAAACACAUCCCUAGCAGCCUCUGAGAUCACUGAGAAUUUGAUGUGUAAGCUCCUCCAGGGGGAUUCUCCAGACUUCAUGUCAUCCAGCAAACACACCAGCCCAAGCCCCAGAGGAACAGCAGUGACAACAUUCAACUAAUGGAACUGCAGAAACCUCGUUUUCUAAAUAUCUAGGCUUAAUAAAAAUAAUUUUGCAAUGACA